UACUUUGCGCGUAAAUUUUUGCUAACACUUAAUAUUCGUAAACAGUACAACACACAUAAUUGGAGCCCAUUUGUAAACAGCCCAAUUAAGAAGCCCAGAAAUAAGUGGGGUAUAGUUGGCCGUACGUCCUAACAGAUUUCUUCCGACCAGAGGUCCAGAGAUGCACGAUCUCUGCACUUCAUCUUCCUAUCUCUCCCGAUUAGUUUAGGUAUGUAACCAGUUUCGUGUCCUCGGUAUGGAGUUCAAAGAGCUGGUUGUCGCCGUCAACCAUACCUGUUAGUAGGAUCAAGCAAACCAGAAUUGAAUCCAUGGAGGCUCCCCAUCAGAUCGCCUUCUGCUUGAUGAUGCUCUGUUCAGGAUUGUGCUACCGACAUGCUUGAGAAGUGGAUCUGCCGUUUUGAAGCUGUUCCUGAGUAGCUGGUUAUUCCUCUGUGUCCAGAUAAGAUCGCAGUUGCAGGUGAAAGGUAUAGCUAGUCCACGCCUUAUUGCGGUACCAGCUAUAAGAACAAUUGAAAUAGAGGUGCGAUCUCGAUUCGUUCCUUUGAUAACAAAGGAGACGUGUGUGAUCUGUUGUCGGGCAACGAUCCAGCAUAAACAGCCAUCUGAGGAACUCGUGGCGAGGGAUGCCGCCUGGGAACCACACCAGCUUGUUCCAGGAUAUGCUUACAAUCAUUCCUGUUGAUAGCCGUCAAAAGCUCUCCGGCGUUUCUUCUGCUUCUGCUAACUUCCACCCCCAUCUCUGUUUCAUGGAAUCGACGAUUCCACCCUCAGGGGAAGGUCUCCCAUCACGGGCUCAGUUGACGUUGCCGGCCAGGACUCUGCUUUGUGACGUCGAUGUCGUCAGAGAGUCAUGGAAGCUACAGACUCUCGUGGUUGCUUCUCCUCCAGGCGUGGUUACAACUCGUUCCGACGUACUGCCACCGUAACUGGCCUCUCUCUUACUUCUACUGCAAUCUGCAUUAGAAAACGCAAAUUCUCAAGUUGAGACUUUGGCGAGCUCAAGUUGAGACUUUGUCCUCGCCAAAGGCUGCCAGUCUCUCUCUGCUUUUGAGGCUCUCUGCUCAUAUCUAUGGGGGAUCCUUCAACUUCAACACCUGACUUCUCUCCUAAUAUUGCGUCAUUACACGCCAAUUCUACUCCCACCAGCCUCCUAUAUGUAUUCAUCCAACUGUGGAUUCUAUAUCUUUUCCUUUCCAAUCACUGCCUAAUGAGGUUGUGCAAGGUAACUUUGGUAGGGGCAAUCUGUUUGCCUCCGGGAGUUAAUACAGGAUUUGAGACGGGUGACUACUCUCUCAGGAUGACUAAUCAAGCCUUCACAAAAAUUACAAGAGAUGAAAUGGACUACAGUUGGAAGACGUGGUUGUGGUUGUCGGGGCUAAGCAAGCAGGCUUAAUAACUUGCUCUCUUGUACGCCAAGUUAGAAGAUACCUAAUUGUGCACUUCUUGCUGGAACAUCUGUCAAGCAUUUCAAAUCAGGCAGUGGUUGUUGUUCCUCGGUCUUGUUGAGCUCCUUAGACUUCUCAACUGUCUCUCCUACUCUAGUAUUCGAUGUACACCUUUUCAGCCUCUGUCAGCCCAAUCGCAGCAGCAGCCUUCGUGAGUUGUAGUUUCAGCUUCUGUGUUUCAUCCUUCUUUUCUCAGGCUCCUGCAGUAACCCUCACCAUGGAAAGCAACAAGUUUGUGAGAUCUUUUUCAUCUUCUUCCUCAGAUUCAGAAUCACUAAAGUUUCCCGUCUGCCUUUCAGCUAAAAUUUCAGUAAUUUUGUCUCUUGAAGAAAGCAUAUGCGUCAUGAAGAAGAGGAAGAAAGCAAAUGAACCCUUAGUCGAGACGGCGGAUUUCAAGAGAGGCGUACUUACUCCUGACGAAGUUUCUGUUGUCGAUUAUAAGAAUGGAUUGAAACCAGUGAUAUGGAGUAUAACCACUACCCAUUUGCCGCGACCUCAGUUGAUGAACCUUCAAGCUCCGUCACAGUCAUCUGCUCCUCAAGAUCGAAUGGACAUCUUCUCUUUAUGCAUGCCAGAGCUUUCUGCGAGCUCCUCAUUGCCAUACCUUCCCCGCUUGUGGUUGCGCACCCUCGCUUUCCUGGUUGAGACUCAGAAUCCUGACACGGGCAGUGUGAUGUCUAAAGUGAUCUUAGCAUUAUGGUCCCAUUUGAGGUCUGUGCCAUAUCCUGCGGGUGGAAAAGAGUUUGGUGAUCACAAAAGAAGAUUUUUCAAAGAGCCAUUUACACUUGAAUGCCAAGCAGUUAAUCAGAAGAACCACGGGGUCUAUAUCUACUACAUAAAUCAAGCUCUAAAAUUUAUCCCUCAGCUUAACUUUCCUGCCAGUGUCACUAAUGUACUGUCAAGUUUCUUAUGCAGCAGUGAACCAAUUGAAAUCAAGGCUGACUUGGGAGUGAAAAGAAAAACCCCGUUAAUGGCUGGGAAGUCAAUAUUGAAGAAACUGUUGACCGCUGCUACCAGUGCCUACUCAAAUCUGAGUGACUCGGAGUCACUUCAUGUCCAAAUGAUCCAGAUGAUGCGGAGAUGUCGGUUCCUCCCCCAUGUAUUAGUUUUCAUAUUAUUAUAAUCAUCAUGGACGUCGGUAUUGGGAUUUUCUGAAGAGCUUUACGUGGAUCGACCUGCAGGCAGAUCACUCUUGCAGUAUCCUGAACAUAUGGAUUCGUUGAUUAUACUUGAUCGUGGGUGGACGCUGUAUUUAAUGGAUCAAUCAGGGAAACCAAUAUGCUCAGCAUCUUAUAUGGAGUUGUUUUUUACUGUGGUUUCUCUUUUCUCCUUCCUUAUGGUUGCUCUUUCGUGUAAGACUAAGAGGAUUUUCCUUUCGUCUCGGAAAGCAGUUGUUUCAUUGAGGGACAGCAACUCAGAAAAGAAACAAAGAGAGGAUGUUGUUAUAAAGACUUCACCACCACUGUCUCAGAAAGCAGUUGUUUCAUUGAGGGACAGCAACUCAGAAAAGAAACAAAGAGAGGAUGUUGGUAUAAAGACUGCACCACAUACUUCACCACCACCUUCACCACCACCUUUACCAGAUCCUUCACACGACCACUUUCACCACCACCUUUACCAGAUCCUUCACCACCACUUUCACCACCACUUUCACCAGAUACCUCACCACAUCCUUCACCAGGUACUUCAGAUACUCUCGAGAAGAAGUCACAAAAUCUCCUCCAGGAUGCACCAGAGAAUGUUGGAGAGUUUGAUAGCGAAGUUGAAAAGCUUUUAAAUGCUCGUUGGACCGAAUUUCUCCAUGAAAAAGAUGGUAAAAGCAUUGGUAGAAGAAUGUUCAUUACGAAGAAGAAGAUUGCAAAUGGUAAAGAUCCUUCAGUGUUUGAGGGGUUUUGUCAUCCCGAGCGUGCAGUGGCGGUGAAACGGGUUGGUGUAUCUGAAUCUGUGCUGUACAAUAUUAUGAAUGAGAUAUAUAUCAGCAAUGCAUUAGACCAAGACAGAGGAAUCAUCCGUUUAUAUAGCUAUGACUAUGACAAGAAUUAUGCUUACUUCGGUUUGGAGCCAUGGAUGUGUGAUCUAGAAGAUUUGGUGAUCUUCUGUAAAGAGAAAGUACAGGAAAAAAACUCAACUAAAGAGUAUUUAGAGGUUCCACUGGAUGGUAAUGUUUUGUGGGAAGCUUUGGGCGUUCUCUCACCUGUUGUGCGAGAUUUAAUGAGGGAUAUGGCUUGUGUUCUUGAACACUUGCACAGCCUGAAAGUAAUUUAUCGAGACUUCAAUCCUCAAAAUGUGAAGAUUAUACUUAAAGGAAAGAAGCUCAUUGCAAAAUUGUCCAAUUUUGGAAACAGCAAGCGUAUCUCCCAUGAGCCAUCCUUCAGUUAUCCAGGUAGUAAGGAUUGGCAAGCACCUGAGUUUAUUACACCAUAACUGGUGGUCUGCAUCCAUUUGGACCUGGUGGUAGGCGUGAGAACAAGAUCAGGAAUAAAACGAUCAAUAUCUCCAAAGUAAAAGCUAUCCCUGAAGCAUAUCACCUCAUCUCUCAUUUGCUAAAACACGAACCUCAUUUAAGGCUUAGUGCAUCUGAAGCCUUGCUCCAUCCAAUGUUUUGGGAUGCGAAAAUGUGGCUUUCUUUCCUACAUGAUGCUUCUGACCUGUUUCAGAGUGCUGGGAUUAAGUCAAAAACCAUGAGCGAUUUGUAUUCCAGAAGAGGGGAGGUACUUGGACAGUCGGUGUCAUGGGAGUCUACCAUAGGUGAACGUUCAAGCAAUAUCUUGUAGAAGAAGCUGAUGGUGUGAGGAAGAAACACCAUAAGAAGUAUGAUUUCAAAAGUGUUCGGGACUUGCUAAGACUAGUCCGAAACACACUGUUUCACUACACAGAGCUUCCUUCUGACAUUCAGGAGCUUGUGGGAUCGAAAUCCGAUGGGUUAGACCAGUUCUUUGCUGGUAAGUACCCAAGAUUGCUAAUGGUGACAUACGAGGUCGUAUCUUUUCAUUACAAAGGAUAUCCAUCAUGGAAAAAGUACUUCCAAUAGCUCCAAGAAAUAGCAGGUACUUGAAGCAAUUCAAGCAAGCAACCAAGAAAAGUUGUGAUACUGUUGUCAUCUAUGACUCUUUUGAAACUUGAAUAUCUAAGCUUUUUGGUGAUUUCUUGAAUGGUGUUGUGGUGACUGAUUUCUUGUGAUUAUGUUUGCAAAAAGCAUUUCUUUCUUAGAUGUCAAGUUGGAUUCUUCGAUCAUACCUAAGCUUUUUAUCUGUUUAUGGAACCAUUAUUCAUCUCUUGAUAACUU